CCAGACCAGACCAUGAAGGAUGCCACUGACCCAAAGCUUCAUAAGGAGGAGAACAAUUGUUUUACACCCUCUCUGUUCCUGCACAGUCAUUGCUGCACAAGUACUUAGUGAGCUGAGUCACUUGGUAAGCCCUGUUGUGUUUCCUUAAAAGGACGAACAUACUUUACUGUUUGUAUAGGACAAACAUAUACUUUACUGUAUAAAAAACAUUAAGGGGAAUUGUAGUCAGGGUGGGGGGAAGAGGCACUGGAUACCAGCAUGUGUGGGGGUAGCUGGCUAGUAGAGACUACUUCAGUUCUUCUCUGGUCUUCAUAAAACCCAAGCCAGAAAAGAGCUCAGAGGGUUUUAAUGCUCAUCUCAUAUUUAAAGUAAGCAAGCUGAGUCACCGAGGUUCAUAUUCCAAGGCAAGGGAUUAAGGAACUCAGCAACAUCUCUAUGCAAACCUGUUGACAGGAGUUCCUUUUGCUCCUCUGUAACCAAUGUGGAUGUUCUUUCCAGCAAUCUGCAGCAACCCCAAUGCAACGUUCUUACAUAAGGUCUAAAUUUGGCCUAAAAUCCUGAGCAGACUUGCACUCCACACCCAAGGGAGAAGCUGAUUUUGCAAUGUUUCUAAAUGAUUAGCAUUUUUCUGAUCAUAAUAUCACUGUAUACCCGGAUUUAACAAAAAGGACUUUUGUAUCAUUUUGCUUCUAAAAGAUUUGCUCAGCGCAAACACCCAUUUUUUUAUAAAAAAAGUGCAUAUAUUAAAACAACAUAAUUUUCAUUUUCAUUUCAGAACCUUUUCUUGCCAUAGCAAGAGUAUUAAGACUGGCCGUUUCCAUUUAAACAGGCCCUUGGUGGGGAAUGGCAAUGGUGCACAGGAGCCUGAAGAAGUCGCUAGCCUGCUACUGGGGGAACUUUUCUAGGUUAUGCUUUUUCUUAGGACUCUCCAUUGUAUUGUCUGCUAUUAUUUGGAAACAAAGCAAGGAGACAUGCAAUUGUCCCAAAUGGGAAGAAUCUGGAUUAAAGGUAGGUAACAAAGAGUUGUCGGUAGGGUUUCCCCAUGAGGUUAUUUGCACUUCACACAACAUUUAUGCGAUGAUGCAUCUCCAGAGGAGGUGAGGAAAAAGCCCCAAACAGCUUCAGCUGGAUACUUAUGGAAGCACCUUUCCCUGUACAGUGGUACCUUGGGUUACAGACACUUCAGGUUACAUACGCUUCAGGUUACAGACUCCGCUAACUCAGAAAUAUUACCUUGGGUUAAGAACUUUGCUUCAGGAUGAGAACAGAAAUCGCAUGGCGGCAGCAUGGCAGCAGCAGGGGCCCCCAUUAGCUAAAGUGGUACCUCAGGUUAAGAACUGUUUCAGGUUAAGAACAGACCUCCAGAACGAAUUAAGUUCCUAACCUGAGGUACCACAGUAUAUUCUUGACUGAGAAUUGAAAUUUCUUGAAAGUAUAUUCAGUGCUCCAUCAGUGGAAGUGGUGCAUUAUGUGGAGAUGGGUAAGAAAGUCUUUCCCACGGUGACACUUGGUUAUGGAACUCUGUGGACUCCUCCUCUCUUCCUGAGCGCUUGUCCUCAGCUGAUAUGCCAGGUUCAAUGUGAUAUUAUUGAUUAUCAAAGUCCUUGCAUGCCACACAUACUAGUUACCUGACAGUCUAUUCCUUCCCAAGUCCUUGGACAAUAAGCUAAGCCCUGUGGAAAGCUAAUAGCUGUGUCUGCAAUGUGCGUGUACAUCAAAUUACGGGAUGCAUUACUAGUUCUUCUGCAUGGGCAUCUAUGGAUUCAGCCCAUUGUUCAGAACUAUACCAUUCAUUUCUAUAUUUUAUUAUAGUGCUACCAGAGUGCAUGGAGCUUUGCAAUUUGCAAGAGAACAUAACCCUGCCUUCGGGGGUUUAAAAUCUAAAAUGCAAGACGGGGUAAAGCAGAUGAAGGAAUGCUGCAUAUUGAGCUUAGUUGCAGAAUUUCUGAUGAACGGGAUAUGCCAUCUUGUAGGGUACAGAAUUCUGCAUAAUAAUAUAACAUAGGAUUCACACAGUGAUGGAGUUAUGAGAAAGGAAGCCUCACAGCUGAUAUAAAAAAACAGUCUACUGUUGUUAUAUUUAAGGAUACAGAUAGAAUGGAGACAAUCACCUCAGAAAAUAUUAUAUUGAAGAAGAAUCCAGAUUUCAGUGUAAUGGAAAGUGCUACAGGUCUCUUACCUAUUCAGUAUAAAUAUCUCUUGGGAUCACCUCCUUCAAUAAAGAGUAAGUAACUAUGAGGGGAAUUGAAACCUUAAUGGUUUGUGGAGGGAAAUAAUGUAAAAAUAAAUAACUCACCCACCAUCUGCCUGGUAAAAAGGUAAAGGGACCCCUGACCAUUAGGUCCAGUCGUGGACGACUCUGGGGUUGCGGCACUCAUCUCGCUUUACUGGCCAAGGGAGCCGGUGUACAGCUUCCGGGUCAUGUGGCCAGCAUGACUAAGCCGCUUCUGGCAAACCAGAGCAACGCACGGAAACACCAUUUAUGUUCCCACUGGAGCGGUACCUAUUUAUCUACUUGCACUUUGACGUGCUUUCGAACUGCUAGGUUGGCAGGAGCAGGGAUCGAGCAAUGGGAGCUCACCCUGUUGUGGGGAUUCGAACCACUGACCUUCUGAUCAGCAACCCCUAGGCUCUGUGGUCUAGACCACAGCGCCACCCGCAUCCCUGCCUGGUAAGCCAUCUAUGCCUCAUUAUGAUUUUCCUCGAGAUCAUUUUCUAUGUCAAUUUUUAACAAAUGAAUUUUAGAACAGCUGUUAGCCCUGAACACACUGUAUAUCAGAGGUGGCUAACCAGCGGUUCUCCAGAUGCUUUUAGACUCCAACUCCCUUCAACCCCAGCCAGUGGUCAGGGAUCUAAAUGGUCAACAGGCCUUUAAGACAUAGCUUGUGGUUACUGAAGUAUGUUUUAGCAAAGUCUGCAGAAAUAAGCCAAUCAUGCCCAUGAUCUCCCACGCUGAGUUUUCACCCCCAGAAACCACCUGUUUGCUUUGGAAAGAGGUAACCAUGAGAAAGGCAUGUGUUAAUUGGUCAGGAGAGGAUGAAAUGCAGGAUCUUGGCAUGCAUCUUAUGGACAGGAGGGCUGGUCUUGCACAGUUGCCAGAAGGCUGUGUCGUGAAGGAGUUUCUGCCAUGAACUCCAAGGACACUACUGCUCCUUUGCAACAGCCCCAACUACACCCCCAGGACCAGCUUUUUGGGGAGGGGUUUGUGAAGAAGACAGCCAGGAAAGGAGUGUUCCACAAGCAGAAUUCAACUCAUGCUGCUGUAGAUCGAGCUUACACUCUCACCCCCAUAUUCAGCGCUAUUUUUCUAGAAAAAGAGGUGCUGGAACUCACAGUGAAUGCCUCUCUUGUUCUCUUAGAAUGGCAAUGGUGCCCACCUAAGAGGUGCAGGAACUGAGUUCCAGUGAGUUCUAGCUGGGGAAAAAGCCCUGCCCAUAUUGCAGAUGGGGAGCUGACAUGAAUAAUAAUAAAGCCACAAGAUUGUGGUGAUAUUCAAAUAACGCACCCGGUGCUCUGAACAUACAAAAUGCUGUAUAAAUGCUCAAUAUUCUUAUAGUCUUUACUUGUUCUAGGAUUCUUGACCAUUGGAAUCUCUUCUUUCCACAAAAAGAAGGAACACCUUUUGUUGAAGACAAUUGAUUCCAUUUUCAGUCACUGCCGCCAAGAAGAAUUAAAUCUGAUCACCGUAGUUAUAUACCUAGCCAAUAACGAUUCUAAGCUGAACAAGGAAAACGCCGAGGAGAUGAAGGUUCAGUUUAGUGCGCAUGUGAAGGCAGGAAGGCUGCUUGUUAUACAAAGCUCUGUAGAAAGUUACCCUCCUGUGCACAAUCUGAAAGUAGAUCUUUGGGGCAAAAACAUCAAAUAUAAAUCUAAACAGAAUGUAGAUUAUGCUUAUUUAGUUAACUUUUGUGCCAAUCUCUCUCAGUAUUAUUUGAUGCUAGAGGAUGACACUGCCUGUGCCACUGGUUUUGUGUCCAUUAUACAAAGCUAUGUAAGGACGAUGGAGGAAUCCUGGACCACAAUAGCAUUUUCAAGGCUAGGCUACAUAGGGAAGCUCUAUCAUAGCUCUGAUCUCACCAAACUAGCUCGGUUUCUCUUGAUGUUUUAUGAUGUUAUUCCCGCGGACUGGCUCAUGACAUAUUUUCAUAAAACCAAAAUGCAAGGAGAAACUAUUUUCUAUUGGCCUUCUCUCUUCCAGCACGUAGGGAGAAUUUCUUCAUUUCACGAGCUGGAAGUACAACACACAGAUUCAGAGUUUUAUGAAGACAUUGGAAGUUUGGGUGAUGCCCUUACUGCUUCCUGUUUCACAAACAUGCAAAUAUAUGGAAAUUACAUACCGGCCAAUGUGUGUCCCCCUGGAAGGGGUGUCUUUUGGGGUAUGAAUGUGACAGCAAAAAGCUACUUCACCAUUGUUUUUGACAACCCAAUUAUUCCCCAGAAGAUUCAGAUUUACACAGGGUCAGCCGAACAUAGCACAGACAUUCUUCAUAAUGGUUUUGUAGAAAAGGGCAGGCUCAAAGUCCACUUAAAUGAACGUCAAACAUGCCUAUCCUUCAUACCAAUUGGGGAUUUUAAGUCUGGAUUUUUUGAAAUGGAAGAUCAGACUAAUAAAGGUGACAUUGAAUGCCUUCGAAUAAAAGCUACAGCUCCACAAAAGCACUGGCUGAGGAUAAGGAGAAUUAGUAUUUGGGUGAAGAAGAGUUAAUUUCACAUUCUGUUAUUUAGUGUUCACCACUGCAGAAAGGUAUAAUGAAUCUUGCUAACGAUAAUUAUAUAAAUCAACAUUUCACCUUCUGUAAUGGAUGGCCCCUUUGUUUCUCUUUAAAAUAAAACAAAACAAAAUGGUUGAAUAGAAAGCAAAAAGCAACACCUUACAUAAUAAAUUAACAUUUUCCCACCAA